CAGGCGAGAGAGAGAGAGAUCGCAGGCAAGAGAGAGAGAGGGACGGAGCCAAUCCAAAUAAAAAUGGGUGGGCAGCUUUUUCUUCUCAUUUCCCCCUCCCAAACACACUCCUCCACAUCCAAAUUCACGCCUCAUGCUCACGCUCGUUGUCGCCGCCGCAGCGCUCAACAACGGCAUCGGCGUCAACAACGACCUGCCGUGGCGCCUGCCGACGGACCUGGCCUACUUCAACAACGUUACGCGCACAACCACCAGCACCACUGCCAUCAACGCCUGCAUCAUGGGCCGGCGCACCUGGCUCUCGGUCCCGCGGCGCUUCCGGCCACUGGACAACCGCUACAACAUCGUCAUAACCCGCGACACGCACCUUCUGGACAAGGAGCUGCCGCCGAACUCCAUUGCUCUGCCGUCCAUUGCCAGCGCCCUCGCCCAUAUUGAGCAGAUCAACAGCGGCCAAGUGCCCCUUGACGGGGGACUGCUGCGCAUUGACAAGGUGUUUGUCUGCGGUGGCCGCGCUAUCUACGAGGAGGCUAUGGGGAUGCCCGGGGUGUGCGCGUUUUGCUCACCAGCGUGCACUAUGAUGGCGCUGGUCGCUGCGAUACCUUCUUCCCACCGAUUGACCAGGCUGUGUUUGUGCCACAGACACAUGCCAGCCUGGAGAAGCUCGUUGGAUUCCCAGUGCCUGCUGGGGUGCAGACUGAGAAUGGCAUUAGCUUUGAGUUUCUGCUGUUCGAGAAGCAAGCCUAAUACCAGCUUGAUUAUAGUAAUCCGUAAAUUUGCCUGCUCAGUGCAAUCAACUAUUUUUUCCAAUAUGAUCCGCUGAUUUCCCGCUUUAAUCCUUUUUUUUACUGGUUGCGCUUGGAUCACUGCUGCAAAAAAAAAAAUCAAAAUCAAAAAUUUUUUCUGCCUUGUUGAUUCAACAUUCUAAAUACACUGC